AUGGGCUGCGGCCAUAGCAAGAUCAACAUUUACCCCAGGAAAUCGAAGAGCAAAACCGGUUCGAAGAAGUCAGUGACAGCAGAUAAAACUGAAUCAGAAGAUGAGGAUGGCAUAGAGUUAGAGGCAGAUCAUUCUGAGAACAUAGAAGACUGUGAUUCGAAGAAAACUUCGAUAAAACUGAAACAUUUCGGUGGCCCUCUGUUGGCGCAGGCAGAAAUUUCAACUAGCCAACAGGAUUUCUUCAAGAUGUUGGACGAAAAAAUACAAAAUGGUCCUGAUUACAACUCGGAAAGCGAGUCCGAAAGGGCGGCAGAAACAACGCGACUGCGCGCCCUUCUCAAGGACUGGGAGACAGCCAGCAUCGGCUCCAGAUCUCUGCCCCCCACCCCUCGAAGGCGCCCCCCCAGGUCGGCUGACGGGGGAGCGUACGUAUCGCAGAUCCCCCAGAGCGUCAUCCACCAAUCGUACGGCGUGGCGCAAACGCCCUUCCGGCCCACGCCCUACGCCAACCCCAACUACGUGUCGCAGAGUCCCUCGCACCAGAUGGCGUACCCUUCGGCGAUGCAGUACCAAGCCAUCAGUCCCAUGUACGCCAGCCAGCCGACGUACCAAGCACCACCGCUCGGCAACGUGGCGAAGCACGCGGGGUACGACGCCCAGACGGCAUACUCGCCGUCGCACAAGGGAUACGGCGUACCAGUGGCGGUACCGGCUGUGGUACUACCAGGAAGCGUUAGUGGCGGGGGGGUCGGCAAGGAGAAAAACAACGGGGAAGUAUUGAAGAAGACCUACAACUACCAGCACGCAGUGCAGUACCAGCAGUACAAAGAAGCCAGGGAGCAAGUCCUGGCGCAGAACCAGCCAGCAUACAGGGGCGCGCCGAGAAGUUACCAGAGCAGCGUGACGAUCGCAGUGGCAGGCCAAGGGGGGCAGCAGGGCGACCCCAGCGCCCUGCAGCGGCAGCAGUACGAACUGACGUAG